AUGUCUAUAUAUUUUAGAGAGCUGUUUCCUUCAAAUAAGGUUAUAAAAUUUAGAACGGAUUUUCGUAACACAAUUUAUGAUGUGUUUUUGCACAGGGAAUGGGAGCUCACCACACAUGAAACGGAAUGGAAUUUAUGUUGGUCUGAAAAGGAUUGGAUAAAUGAAGUAUAUGACACUCUUUCCCUUAAAAAUGAUCAAUAUGUGAACCAUUUUAGAAAUUAUUAUGAACUGACUCGUAAAGACCUACUAGCCAAGAAUAUAAAAAGACUAAAAAAGUUGUAUGGAAAAACGCAAAAUAGUGAAGAAUUGAAAAAACUUGAUAUAACGCCACUUACAUUUGUUUUACCGCUCGAAUAUAAAAUAUUUUUAGAAGAAUAUAAAAAAAAAAGCAAUCGAAUAUGGAUCAUGAAACCGAUUGGAAAAUCACAAGGAAAAGGAAUUUUUCUUUUUGAUAAAAUUUCACAAAUAAAAGAUUGGAGUAAUGGUGCUAAAAAUAGGAUCAUUGAAGAUAAGAACCGAGAAAAUGAAAAAGAUAAGGAGAGGAUAAAAGAUCGAGAUAAAGACAAAGGAAAAGAAAUCGAACGUGAUAAACUUGAACUAUAUGUUGCACAAGAAUAUAUUCCUAAUCCUCUAUUAAUUGGAGGGAAAAAAUUUGAUAUACGUUUAUAUGUGUUAAUUUUGUCAUAUUAUCCACUAACUAUUUAUAUACAUAGGAGCGGGUUUGCUCGAUUUUCUCAUAGAUAUUUUAAAAAUGAAAAAAAUAAUAUAAAUGAUAUAACAAUGCAUUUAACAAAUGUAGCAAUACAAAAAAAUGCAGAAGGAUAUGAUAAUACUGUAGGGGGGAAAUGGUUCAUAAGAGAAUUAUUUAUAUAUAUGAUUAAUAGAUAUGGAUAUGAUAAGAUAAUGGAAUUAAUACAAAAUAUAGAAAAUUGUAUAAUACAAUCAUUUUUAGCUGUUCAUAAAAUUAUAAUAAAUGAUAAACAUUGUUUUGAAUUAUAUGGAUUUGAUAUACUUAUUGAUAAUAAUUUAAAACCAUGGUUAAUUGAAGUAAAUUCUUCUCCAUCUUUUUCUUCGAAUACUAAAGAGGAUUAUGAUUUAAAAUUUAAUAUCUUAGAUGAAUUAAUGACUUUGAUAAAUAUUGAAAAAUAUAAUAUACCACAAAUGGACCGAAUUGGAGAUUUUGAUUGUAUUUAUAGAAAUGGCGAACCUAUCAAUAAUCUGAAUCCUUAUAAUUUUCAUUCCUAUCUUGGGGCAAAUUUAUCAGGAAAUGAGCAUUUAAAACAAAUGGCAAAAAGUAUAAAACAAAAUUUAAAUGAAAAGAAUAUUUCGACAAAUAAAUAA